AGCAGCGUAUUCGCAUCUCCCCGUAUCGCUCGUCCCUCGCCUUCUCGUUCCUCUCCGGCAGAACUCGGUGUUUCAGCCACCGGCGGCGGGGGCACCCUCUACCCCUCCUGUUCUCCUCAAUCUUUGCGCCUGACGGCUACGGCUCCACUAAGGCUCCGGCAGCCUGCGGCUUGCGCGUAGGCGCCCCUAGCAGCCCAGGGCUGAUGCAAAUCCAGCAACAUCCUUCAAGGUCGCCCCUCACUUUGUCCGGUUUCUAGAUCCGCCAGUGAGUCAAGCGGCGGCGAUCACGUGCGAGUCUGCGACGGUGAGGAGCUGUCCUGUCCGGAGGGGCUCUGCGCGAGGCGAGCCACGCAGCGGCGCAGGACACGGCGGCGGCGAGCACGUUCGUGGCGCGGGCAGGCUCGUCUAGUCGUCUACCCUUACCCGUGCCGCGGUGUUCCUCUGCAACUCCACCUGCGCUGUCGACGCCGCCGCCUGUAACAUAUCGGGGCGCAAAAGGCCGACCACCCAAUUGCCAGGGGCUUCUGUUUCUCCCCCCUCAGCGGCGAAGGGGGAGUGAGAAGCACCGGGAAGAUGACGAGCGUGUACAUCCCGGUGCAGGGUACAGAGGAAGAGGUGCGGGUGGCGCUGGACCAGCUUCCCCACGACGCAUCCGAUAUCCUCGACAUCCUCAAGGCCGAGCAGGCCCCGCUUCAUCUCUGGCUCAUCAUUGCCAGAGAAUACUUCAAGCAAGGAAAGAUAGAGCAGUUCCGUCAGAUUUUGGAGGAAGGAUCCGGCCCUGAAAUUGACGAGUAUUAUGCUGAUGUGAAGUAUGAACGGAUAGCAAUCCUUAAUGCUUUGGGUGCUUUCCAUACUUUCUUGGGAAAGGUUGAUAGAGCACCACAGAAGGAAUCACAUUUUAAAGAUGCAACUCAGUACUAUAAUAGAGCAUCAAGGAUAGAUGAAACUGAACCUUCUACAUGGAUCGGAAAAGGUCAACUCUGUGUUGCCAAGGGUGAGUUGCAAAUGGCAUCUGACUCAUUCAAGAUUGUGUUGGAUGAAGAUGGGAACAAUUUUCCAGCUCUACUUGGUCAGGCCUCUGUUUACUUUUUGAUGGGCGAAGGAGAGCAGCAGCACAAAAAAUCAUUGGAGCAUUAUAGGAACUCAUUAGAUCUCUACAAGAGAGCUCUUCGGGUCUAUUCCAAUUGUCCUGCUGCUGUAAGGCUUGGUAUAGCCUUUUGCCGAUACAAACUUGGACAAGUAGAAAAAGCUCGUCAAGCUUUUCAGCGAGUUUUAGAGUUGGACCCUCAGAAUGUUGAUGCUCUAGUAGCACUGGCAAUCAUGGACUUGCAAACAAAUGAAGCUGGUGGGAUUCGGAGUGGAAUGGAGAAAAUGAAAAAAGCGUUUGAAAUCUAUCCUUAUUAUACAUUGGCCCUCAACCACCUUGCGAAUCAUUAUUUCUUUACUGGCCAACAUUUUGUUGUUGAACAAUUGACUGAGACAGCUCUUUCUUCAAGCAAUCAUGUACUACUGAAAUCACAUGCUUACUAUAACUUAGCCAGAUCGUACCACAGUAAGGGGGACAUUGAGACUGCUGGACGAUAUUACAUGGCAUCUGUUAAUGAAAUCAGUAAACCACAAGACUUUGUGUUACCAUAUAUUGGACUUGGUCAAAUUCAAUUAAAAUUUGGAGACCUCAAAAGUUCACUAGGUAGCUUUGAGAAAGUUUUGGAGGUGCACCCUGAAAACUGUGAAAGUUUGAAGGCUAUUGGUCACAUACAUGCAAAAUCUGGGGAAACUGAAAAAGCUAUAGAAACCUUCAAGAAAGUUACCCGUAUUGACCCAAAAGAUCAUCAGGCAUUUGUGGAACUUGGUGAAUUGUUGGUAGAAUCCGACUGGGCUGCUGCUAUGGAAUACUUGAAGACAGCUCGAAAUCUCCUUAAGAAGGCAGGGGAGGCUGUCCCUGUUGAGUUGCUCAAUGGAAUUGGACUUCUUCAUUUUGAGAAGGGAGAGUUUGAGAUGGCAGAACAGAGUUUUAAGGAAGCACUAGGUGAUGGUCUUUGGGUUUCAGUUAUGGACGGGAAAGUAGGCAGCUCUAUGGUCAACUGGAGUGUCCAGAACAAGGAUCAGAGCUUCUUUCACCAACUUGAAGAAGAAGGUGUACCUCUUGAAUUACAUUCAAUUAAAGUAACCACACUGUUUAAUUAUGCAAGAUUACUGGAAGAACUCCAUGAUUCUGUCAGAGCAAGCCUCUUUUACCGUUUCAUAAUUUUCAAGUACCCUGACUACAUAGAUGCCUAUCUGAGGCUAGCGGCUAUUGCAAAACAAAGAAACAAUGUUCAACUGAGCAUUGAACUGAUAGGUGAUGCUUUAAAGAUAGAUGAGAAGAACCCAAAUGCACUGUCUAUGCUUGGAAGUCUUGAACUCCAGAGCGAUGAAACCUGGCUUACUGCAAAGGAGCAUUUCCGUAGUGCGAAAGAGGCCACCAAGGGAGAUACCUACUCUUUGCUUCAAUUGGGGAACUGGAAUUACUUUGCUGCCAACCGUCCUGAGAAAAAGGCCCCGAAGAUUGAGGCUACUCAUAGGGAGAAAGCCAUGGAACUCUAUCAGAGUCAAGUACUAAAGCACCACCGUAGUAAUAUGUUUGCUGCAAAUGGUAUUGGAAUCUUAUAUGCUGAGAAGGCCAAAUGGGAUGUCGCUAAGGAGUUGUUCACACAGGUGCAUGAAGCUGCAUCAGGAAGUAUAUUUGUACACAUGCCUGAUGUAUGGAUCAAUCUGGCUCAUACAUAUUUUGCUCAAGGUCAUUUUCAACAAGCAGUUAAAAUGUAUCAAAAUUGUUUGCGGAAGUUCUUCCACAAUACAGAUGCAACCAUCCUAUUAUACCUUGCCCGAACACACUACGAGGCUGAGCGAUGGCAAGACUGCAGGAAAACUUUGCUGAGAGCUAUACAUUUGGCUCCAUCAAAUUACUUGUUACGGUUUAAUGUAGGAGUGUCAAUGCAGAAAUUCUCGGCUUCAACCCUGCAAAAGGCAAAGCAAACAGUUGAUGAGGUUCGUGCCACAGUCACUGAACUUCAGAAUGCUAUUAGAGUUUUCAGUCUGUUGUCCGUUGCAUCAACGUACCACUCCCAUGGUUUUGAUGAGAGGAAAAUAGAAACUCACGUUGAGUACUGUAAACAUUUACUUAAUGCUGCUAAGGUUCACCGUGAUGCAGCUGAGCAAGCUGAACAACAGAAUAAGCAAAAAAUGGAAGUUGCUCGUCAGAUUGCUUUGGCAGAGGAAGCUCGCCGAAGGGCAGAAGAACAGAGAAAAUUUCAGUUAGAAAGGAGGAGGGAAGAGGAUGAGCUAAAGCAAGUAAAACAACAGGAGGAACACUUCGAGCGUGUGAAGGAACAAUGGAAAACAUCUAGCCACACCCCUGGCAAGAGAAAAGAUAGAUCUAAGACUGAAGAUGAAGAGGUGGGAAAUGAAAAGAGGAGGAGGAAGGGAAUUAGGAGGAGGAAGGAUCAAAAGACAAAGAUGCAGUAUGGGGAAGAGGAAGAAGAUGAAUACAAAGAUGAACCAGAAGCAGAUGAUGACUAUGCAGACCUGGCGAGGUACAAUGGUGCUGACAAUUCAGAGAAAGCCCCAGAUCACCUUCUUGCGGCUGCUGGCCUUGACGAUUCUGAUGCUGAAGAUGACAUGGGCCAUCCUCAAUCUGCAAUAGAACGGAAGAGACGAGCUUGGUCAGAAUCUGAAGACGAUGAGCCAGUGAAGAAACCAGCAGCACCACCUAGCCCGGGCGCUGAUGGUUUGAGUGAAUGAAAGGAACGGACAUAAUGUUCUUGCGGUGAAGAUUAACAAGCAUGAGUCUUUGCUUUAGGUUAGCAUGGGGUUGAAAUGGAGAGAUUCUGAAGUUGGCUCUACAUAUGCUGAUUGUCAGGGAGUAUAUACACACCUUGUUGCCAAUCUUGUUUAUGUAUGCGAACCCUCCAUUGGUCAGUCUGGCGGUGAUGACCUAAGGUACUUCCUACUCUGUAUUUUGUUUAUCACAUUAGUUUAUAGAGGUGUUUAAACUGCUGGUUUCUGUAAUAUAACAUGUAACUCAGUCCUAUUAGAUUGUGACCUGUAAUCCUGUAUGUGUUUUAGCUGGGAUGCAUAGUUUUGCAUGUCAGGUUUCAGCAGUUAGAUUUCCCAAUGGACGUAUGUUGAUAUCACAUGGUUGACAUGUGGAGAGAAAUGUUCAACAGGCCAGUCAUCUCAGCAAAAGGACAUAAAAGUGAAAAGCACGAACUUCAGAGCUUCAGGUCAAAUGGGCGACUUAAUUUCCACAGUUUAGAAGAAUAA